AUGUCAGUAGAAACUCAAACAUCACCAACCACAGCGUCAAUUACAUCACCAACAACUGCCACAUCACCAACAACAACAACAACAACAACAGAAAAUACAAACAAACCAGAAAUUAAAAAAAUAAAGGUAUCAGCAGAAAAAACAAAAAAUCUUUAUUACUUUUCAGAUCUCACUGCAAGAUAUUUAGAUACUGAAGAAUUUGUUAAUAUUUCUGGUUUAGGUGAAGCAAUUGCAAAAGUUGUAACAACUAUUGACUAUUUAAAAUCAAAAGAUGUUAUUAAAGUUGAAAAAAUUCAUACAGAUAGUAUACCAAGUGUUGAAUUAAUGGUAAGAGUUUCAAAAGGUCCAAAACAUCAAGAAUAUUUAAAAUCAAUGGAUGAAAGAAAAUCACGUUCUCAAUUAAAUGAAGAAGCUGCAAAUGCAUCAACAAAUAGUGAUGAAUAA